AUGACGAAAAAGUUUUUAGGGGAUGACAUAUCUGCAGAUCCUUUAAAAAUGCUUUGGUUGGGACAAUUGCACCCAUUUUCCCCUUCUCGACGCUCUUUCCCAUUCUUGGUCACAAAUCUGGGUGCCUGUUGGCUCAUGAUGGGUUUAGCAAUCAAAGGAAUUGUAAUUUCGUACAAAACUGAUAUUUUUUUCGUCGCUGAAUGUUUGCAAACUUGUAAUUUGAUGUUUCACGGAAUUGGAAAAUUCUUAAAUCUGUACUUUCACAAAACCGAUCUCCAAAUUUUGUUAAAAAAACGCUCACAAUUCUGGGAAAUUGACGAUUUCGAAAUUCACGAAAAAUUGAGGAGAAUUACUUUCAUUAUAAAAAAAAUACUUCGUUACUACUUUUGCUUAGUAUUCGUUGUGAUAAUUUUCUUUGAUUUGCAACCCUUCGCCACGGGGAUGCUCCCAACUGGGGGUUACAUCCCUGAAGGGUGGUUCCCAGUCUUGACUUUAAUUCUAUGGUUCCUCUCUGUGAAUUUUUUUCUGCUAAUACAAGGCAGUAAUGGAUUUUUCUACACACUGAGUGUUUCCCUCAUCAUGCAAUUUAAAUUAUUAAAUCAUCGUUUCAGAAAAUUGCGGGCUGAAACAGAACUGAAAAAAUUAGUGGACUACCAUAAUUUUCUGACUCUGUAUUGUCAACAACUCAACAAGGCGUUUGCACCCAUUUUCCUGCUCCAGUUUUUCACGUCGAUUACUUCAGCAUCUUUGUCGAUUUUCAUUUUCAUGCAACCAGGGGCGUGGACAAAUCGCAUCAAAUUUAUACUUUAUUAUUUAUACACGUUGGUUGAAACAUCGUUUUAUUGCAUUCCGGCGGAAAUUCUUGUUAAUGCAGCAAGUGAAAUUGGUGAAGCUGUUUAUGACCUGAAUUGGUACGAAAUCAGGAUUAAUCGUGUUAAAAAAUUCUUCGUUAUUAUCCUUGCAAGGACUCAAAGGACUAUGGUUUUUAGCGGAUACGGACUUGUGAACAUGAAUCUUCAAACUUUUAUUGUAUAUCUCAAAACAGUGUUUUCCUUUUAUACCUACUUGAACUCUGUAAGAAAAAUCGAAAAAUAA